AAGAGCUCUGCUCAACACUCCUUGUAGAUACCCAUCGCAGGGCAAAGACAAAGCGCGAAGAAGUUCGUUCGAAUUUUUUAAAGAACUUAGCGGAAUUCUCACAAAAACAGGGAGAAAAUGCAUGCCAGGUUUGCGGAUCCCGAGCCCGCGUCUCCCGACAGUGAAGACAGAAUCGAAACGGAGUCGCUGGAGGCCAGAAUCGAGGCGUUCAAGCAGAGUCCCCAGAAUAUGGCCGCUCUGCGGGAAGUUCUCGACGAUGUGGUUCUGCGGGCUGAGGCGGAGGCCAACAGGAGAGCAGUUGAGAGCCAGAAAUCGCAACAGGGAAAGGAAAAGCGACCGAGUUUCGCCAUACCAGAUUUUAAGAACGGCAAGGUGGUGAAUCGGGCCCGAGGAUUUGUGGUGCGGAUCUUCGAUGCCAUUUGCAAUUGUGCCAACAACAAUGCAGCGGCGGCCACAACGCGAUUCAAGCUGAGGAGCAACAGCGGAGGAGGAGCUGGGGCCGGAGGAGGAGGGGCCACUGGAAACGGGAAGCGGCAGCAGUCCCAGGAUGAACCGGAGACCCUGGUCCUGACUAAGAAGAAACCCGUUGGCGAGGGGAAAAAAAAGAAGGGCGUCAGCAUGGCCGAUGAUGUUCAAGCCGGCGUUCGACUGAUGGACUAGGCAAGCAAUAAGAUUCAAUGGUUGAUCCUGCAAUGGGAAAACAUAAUCAAAAUUAUUACCAGUCCCUCCCUUAACACGAACCUCACAUCAGCCACACUGUCCUCCUAAAACUUCUACACAGCAAAAAAAGACAAACAGUAUCAAUAUAGUGUUGAUGGAGGUUUAUAUUUUUAAAGUAAAAGUGAAACUUUAAAUUUAAAUUUAAAGGUCGAUCUCGGUUUUAUUUAUUUUCUGCGUAUGAAGAAUCACUUACUUUGCUCAAAUGUCCAAAGCACAAAACAAAUUCUAAGUCUUCCUCUGAAGACCAAAAUUUAUCGUAUAAGAAACUAAUUUUCGUCCGGUGUCGUUUUGCGGAGCCCUUUUGUUUGAUAUGUUUUCGAAAACCCAUCAGAACAAAUAGCUUUUAUAGGUAUACGUACCUUAAAUAAAAGUUUCUCAGUUCCACAAGCGAAAGGUUUUGGAAAACAUAAACAUUUCUCUGAAAAGCAUUGAAAUUUUAAAGAAAUAUUUACUAAAAAACGCGUACAUAUUAUGGCAUUCCCCGCAAAACGAAGGAACAGGACCGACAUAAAGCUUUAGCUGUCUAUUUUAUUAUUUCAUAAACCUAAAUGUGAUCCCAGUUGGAAAUGUAAGCAAAAGAACUCGAAGCACAAACAACUUCUAGGUUAGUUAAGGAAGCAGGAAGAAAGAAGAUCUUAUAGGAUAAACACGGUCAUAAUCUCAGCCGACCUUCGAGGCUUUCCCACGCACAACACAAUCAACGGCAUUACACAAUCCGCAAGGGGAUUCAUUGCCGAUCUUAACAACAGGCCUGUCAGUCUCCACCUUAUAAUAACUACGAUGUAUCAAAUUAAAUACCUACAUAUAUGUGUAUACCUAGGUGCGUACCACCAACCUAUUUAGAUGUGUAUUAGUAGUUACAAAAUAUUUCCAAGCCAGUAACAAACGGUUCAAUAUACAAGCAUCAAUGUGUACUGAUUUUAUAUACAAUGUACUAACUACUAUAUACAUGUCGACAUUAUUAGACUCUUAGUUGUUUACACUAACCACCUUCUAAACGCCGCACAGGUUUCCUCCAGCAUCCUCAUCAAAGUCAUUAAACAAUCUAAAUCCACGACACACACGCUCUAAUCGGAUAUAUUUUUGUGAGGCCCUUUUUGAGAGAUCUUUAGGAACACUAUUCUAUACCGAAUCCGAAAUUUAUGAAAUCGAAUACGACUAAUCGCUGGCGAGAGAACUUUGUACACACGUUUGCAAGGCAACCUUUUGUAUAAGAUUUUGCAUUUAUUUUGUAACCUCCAAAAUGCAAGGAUCUCCCUAAGUUCGAAUGCGUUGCUAAGCCAAUUGAGUAUUUAUAAAUUAUAAAAUGUAUAAGUGUGCAUAAUGCGAGUAUAAAACUGUUGUAUUUAGUUAACAAUAUCAGCAAUAAAAUGUAACAAUGUUUGAAACCAAAA